GUGUUUAUGUUCUCAGGGUCGGCCGGGAGGCUCAUGGGGAACUCUUGAGUCUGGGGACUCAGAGGGACUCAUAGGAAACAAGUGCCUCAUAAACCAGCCAUGGAGCUGCAUGUGUGGUGUGGUGAGGCCAAGUAUGGUCUCCCCUCUAUGGACCUCAAGAGUCUCCAGAUGCUGGCUUAUGUCAAAUUCUCUGGAGCUCCAGUAAAUAUUGUUAAAUCAAGUAACCCAUUUAAGUCACCAACUGGUCAACUGCCAGUUUUCAAAUGUUCUGAGGGGGCUUUCUCCGAAUUUUCUCAAGUUACUACAUUCCUUCGAAAACAGAAUUUCAGUUGUGAUUACGAACUGUCGCCCAAGCAGUGCUCAGAGGUGGUGGCAUAUGAACAUUUAUUAGUGGAAAGACUAUACCCAGCACUCAUGUAUCUAUGGUGGGUUGAACCUAAGAGCUACUAUGAUGUCAUCCACAAGUGGUACUACAGCAGUAUUCCAUUCCCAUACAAAUUUUGGUAUCCCAGGAGGUAUCACAAGGGAUAUUGUGAACUAAUUGGUAGCAUAUUUGAUGAUCCUGAUGAUUCUCAGCUCAUUGAAACCGAGUUGCUGAAGCAUGCUCAAGAAUGCUUAACAAUGUUAUCUAAUCGCCUUGGAGAUCGAGAAUACUUCUUUGGCCGGUCUCCAUCUGCUAUUGAUGCCCUCAUCUUUUCUUAUCUUGCUCUGCUCCUAAAGGUGGACCUAAAGGUGCCUGUGCUGCAGAACCACGUCAAGGCUUGUCCGAAUCUAUCGCGCUAUGUGUCCAAGGCUAUUCAGCGAUUCUUCCCAUCAGACUUGCGGGCUGAGGAACAUGCCAAGAGAAAGAGCCAAAGAGGUACAGACAACCGAGACUCUCCGGCAAAGGAUGAUGUACCACACAAGGGACGAAACUUGCUCCUUUCUGGUUUAGUGGCAUUUUCUGCAAUGUUUGGGUAUGCAAUAGCAGCAGGUCUAGUACAGGUUGACAUGGGUGAUUCACCUGUUGAAGAAGAAUAUGACUAUGACUAUGAGGACUAUAAUGAGGCUGGGUCUAGUGAGAAUUAAACUGCAGGUGUGGAGAACCUGACAUUGCUAUUAGUUAAAUCGAGACAAAAUUUGGCCUUAGGUGUCUGUACAGCAGCAAGGUUUUUGGCUUUUGUUAACUAAUGUAUUAUGAGUAUCAAUGUAUUUUUUCUAUGAGGUUUAAUGUUGUGCAAUGCAAUAAUUUCCUUACAUGCAUGGAAAAUAUUUUAAUAUUCAUUAUCUUUUUAUAUACAGUAUUUUUCAAAUUUAGACCAUGCAAUUUUCAUAAUUUUAUUUCCAAUAUAAGACAGCUUUACUUGUAGUGAAGAGCACAAAAAUAGCCAGAGAUCUCAUUUGUUUUUAUUUUUAAUUAUUUAGUGUAUUAAUUUGAUUUAGCAAACAGAUAUAAAUCUUGUUUGUGCUUCACAGCUUUUUAGAUUGAAUGUAAUUUUGUAUAUGGAACAUUAUUUUUUAUUUUGUAAUCCCAAAAACUUUGUGAAAGUCAUGUAAUUUUAUUUUAAAUAUACAGGAGUACCUCA